GAGCUAUUCGUCGGCCGCCGGGGCGAGCAGAAAUGGCUAACAGCGACUCUCAGCUCGGUGGGUCAAGGCGGGUGGCGCUUUUCCAAGGUCGGGGUUGGGAAAAGCUUAUCGCUUAUCACAAGCAAGAAGGGCAAGAAGGACGUCUAAGAACCAACGGUCCUUUAGUCUAAAAGGCCGCGCGCCUCCAAGGCAAUGUGACAUCUUGAGGUCUAGUGUUUGGGCACCAGCUGCCUGCACAUCUGGAUGCAGCACUGCCUUUCCUUGCAGGGAGGAGGCGAGGCGGAGGACCCCGGAGUGCACGCACCUCCUCGUGCGCGCGCUCGCUUGCGCCCGUGAACGUGUGUGCGUGUGUGUGUGUGUGUGUGUGUGUGUAUGCGCGCGCGCACACGGGCCGCGGCUCCGGGACCGGCUAAUGGGGGUGGGGGCCCAGGAAGGAAUAAAUCUCCGCCAGCCUCCUCGCGCCUGGCUGCGGGUUAAUACCCAACCAGUUAGAGAAAGACGAGGGUGACGGCAGCAGGGUGACAGCCUGGGCACACCGGCCGCGUGUCGAAGGAUCAGGAUAUUAGCCAGUCUCCGCCACACUCAGGGACUGAUAUAUUUCUGUUGGUGGGGGGCUGUUGUUUUUUAUUGUCUGCUGUUAUCUCCAAAGAACAAGGGCACUAGUGAGGGGUGCGCGCUCUGGACUAGUGUUGCGGCUCGGAUCGGGUCGAAGGAGGCAAUUUUGCGGGUGGGGGAGGGAGAGGGAGACCUUGAUUUCCACCAAUCCCCGGGCGUUUGUCUGCGAAGUCCGGGGCGCAGCGGAAGGCUGCGGCGCGCCGCUGAAUUAACUGAUGAGAGCGAGUUCUUUUCUUCUCCGGGAGGGGUGGGGAGCGAGGGUCCCGGCGGGCGAGGCGGAGGAGCCCGGGGCAGGAUAGCGGUCCCGGGCCGCCGUGGAAAUUUCCAAGGACUUGGUGCGGCGCAGAGAGCGCGUCUGAGGGGGUUGCCUGGCGGCGCAGCAGCGCGGGAGGCGGCGAAGGGCGCAGGAGCAUCGCUCGGAGGGGACAAGGGGACGCCACGGGCCAAAUGUCUGGGAGGGAGCCGAACCUUUUCCCGGACCCUCGCCGAGGGCGACCGUGAUGCUGCAGAACCGGCGGGAGCUACUCGCCGCCGCCGAUCUCUGCGCACUCGGAGACCCCAGCGCCCGCCUUCUGCAGGGGAAGCGACCAUGGCCAUAGAUCGUGACUUGCCCCCCAGCCACUUCCCCUAGAAAGAAAUCCUUGGAAAAGUUGCAUUUAAAAAAAUCCUUGCGCUGACCUUUGGGGCCGACGGGGCCGAAGAAGCGUGCGUGCGUUUGCAAGCAAGAGAACGAAAGGUGUGUGUGCAUGGGGGGCCGGCGGUGGGGGACCCUCCGCUGCCACUUCGCCUAGCUUUGUGCUGAGGCCCCGGCCCCCGCCCCUGGGACGCCGGGGCUGCGAUGAGCCCCUGCAGGCGGGCCCGGCGACAAACGUCCAGAGGGGCUAUGGCUGUACUGGCGUGGAAGUUCCCGCGGACCCGGCUGCCCAUGGGAGCCAGUGCCCUCUGUGUCGUGGUCCUCUGUUGGCUCUACAUCUUCCCUGUCUACCGGCUGCCCAACGAGAAGGAGAUCGUGCAGGGGGUGCUGCAACAGGGCACGGCGUGGAGGAGGAACCAGACCGCGGCCAGAGCGUUCAGGAAACAAAUGGAAGACUGCUGCGACCCUGCCCACCUCUUUGCCAUGACUAAAAUGAAUUCCCCUAUGGGGAAGAGCAUGUGGUAUGACGGGGAGUUUUUAUACUCAUUCACGAUUGACAAUUCAACUUAUGCUCUCUUCCCUCAGGCAACCCCAUUCCAGCUGCCAUUGAAGAAAUGCGCGGUGGUGGGAAAUGGUGGGAUUCUGAAGAAGAGUGGCUGUGGCCGUCAAAUAGAUGAAGCAAAUUUUGUCAUGCGAUGCAAUCUCCCUCCUUUGUCAAGUGAAUACACUAAGGAUGUUGGAUCCAAAAGUCAGUUAGUGACAGCUAAUCCUAGCAUAAUUCGGCAAAGGUUUCAGAACCUUCUGUGGUCCAGAAAGACAUUUGUGGACAACAUGAAAAUCUAUAACCACAGUUACAUCUACAUGCCUGCCUUUUCUAUGAAGACAGGAACAGAGCCAUCUUUGAGGGUUUAUUAUACACUGUCAGAUGUUGGUGCCAAUCAAACAGUGCUGUUUGCCAACCCCAACUUUCUGCGUAGCAUUGGAAAGUUCUGGAAAAGUAGAGGAAUCCAUGCCAAGCGCCUGUCCACAGGACUUUUUCUGGUGAGCGCAGCUCUGGGUCUCUGUGAAGAGGUGGCCAUCUAUGGCUUCUGGCCCUUCUCUGUGAAUAUGCAUGAGCAGCCCAUCAGCCACCACUACUAUGAUAACGUCUUACCCUUUUCUGGCUUCCAUGCCAUGCCCGAGGAAUUUCUCCAACUCUGGUAUCUUCAUAAAAUCGGUGCACUGAGAAUGCAGCUGGACCCAUGUGAAGAUACCUCGCUCCAGCCCACUUCCUAGGGACAAUGGAAGAAGAAAGGACUGAACCAGGGUAUUUUUGUUAGGUUUUCUACGUGACUCCAAGAGGGAAUGGUCAAGUUGUUUCAUGGAUUUGCAUGGGCCCUUGGAAAAACAGGAAAGGAGCAAUGAAGAUCCAAGCAAAACUUUACUUUCAGUGUUGGCUUGGAGGACAACUAAGAAAUGAAACAUCCUAUGAAAUACUUUAUAGCACAUGGCAGAUUUGCAGCUAGUAAACUGCUGGUGAAAUGCUGUUGGUAAAGCCCAUGGUUCAAAUCUAGAAGAUGCAGUUCAAAAACAAGACAGACUGGAGUUGUUAGGGCUGAGGAGCCAAUCAAGGUAGAAUAAAGAAAAUGUUGGGGUAAAAGUGUUGCUGAUUGUCAACACAAACUGGCUUAAUAAUAUUAAUAAGAACCUGUCUUAUUAAGACUGGCUUUAGAACUGUAAGUUUUUUAAAAAGUUAUUAUUUAUUUUUGCCCUCUUUGGGGAAGUGGGUGGGUAGAUUUAAAAAAUCCCUUCCUGAGUAAUAAAGAUACAAAAUGUUACUGCUGAUAAUUGUGAUUUGUUGAGCCACGUCUAUAUUAACUAUAGCUCCCCUCUAUUUUUAAAAUUUUACGUAAGAAUUGCUUCUUCCUCUUUUGUCAAGUCUACAGAGACAAUGUGAAGCAUUAUUGAAUUUAGACUGUGUUGAUUCAUAGUCUGGAUAACAGGAGCCACUUUCCUUCCUCAGAAUUUAGGACAUAAACCCAAUUUUAGGUCUGCAUUAUGUAAGCCUGUUUGCAUUGUCAUUUUUAUUUUGGUGCAAAAGACUACCAAUAUGAGUGCAUUAUUUAUUUGUAAAUUGGCAUAAUUGUCUUCAUAAUUUAAUGUUCAGAAAUGCAGUAAAGCACACUGAUGAAAAGCUUAGUCUCUGUGGAAGACAGACCAGAAGACAAAUCCCUUUUCUAUCUACUGUGGCAUAUUCACUGCAAGGCAAAGGACAUGUAUGCAUACAUGCAAGAAUGAAUUGAGCGAAACUUUGAAUAUGUUUCCUCUUUUGAGCUAUUGCUAUUUAGUAGUUACCUAAAAAAGAAUACAUUUUUACUAGUAUACCAUUAAAAAUGUAAAAGGCUUAACAUGUAUGCAUGUAUGCAUACAUGUAGACACACAUACACACACACAAAGUUAAAGCUCAUUACUGUGCAACUAUGAAAGCUGAACUCAUGUGACCUGGUAUGGCAAAAAUUUGUAACCAGUGUUGGAGAUCACAAACGUGUUUUGCACUAUCCAUUACAUGUUGAUAUAAGACAACUGAGCUCACUGGUUGCUGCACAUAAUACCCAUAGCAGCACAAGAUGCAAGUCUUACCCCAAAUGCUUACCCGGAAUGAGCAGAAUUGUCUUACUCAUCCUGAUUUUACCCAAAAUAUCGUGAAUGGGCUUGCUGUUGAGCGUGGUCACACAAGGUAUAGUUUGUACAAGUAAAGAGAUAUGAAUUAGUAGCUAUUUAUUUCCUUAGUAGCAGGUAGGACUACUUAGCUUGUUACACCAGCUUUGAUACACAGCAAGAAAAGUCUACUGACAGAUUACAAGCAGCCAAAUGUGUUUACAUUUCAGAGAAGGGUAAAGGAAGCCUCUCGUCUUCAUACUUUGGAAUGUCUUAAGCUAAAAUGAGACACUAGAGUUCAAUUUCUUUUUUAUUUUAAAUGUCACUAAAUUGUAGGUAAACUGUACCAAAAAGUUCUAGUUUAAUUUUAACAGUAAAAACUUAGCAUACCGUGUUACCAUGUAAACAAUAAUGGCUGGUAUUUUCUGUGGGUUAAUUUAACAUGACAUAAACAUAACAAAGCCCUUGGCAAAAUUCUACAUCAUUGAAGUAGACCAUUUCUAAAUACAAUUAAAUAGUGAGGUUAUUAUAAAAUUCUGCAUUUAAAAUAUGACUUGUUGAUAGUGCAGAUUAUAUUGUUACUUAGAAAGUUAAGAAUUCCAGAGUAAUGAUUCUAUUGGAGAACCAGUUUGCUAUACGGCAGCAAAAACAUAAUGAGAAUGUACCAUGAAGAAACUGUGUUAAAUAUUCACUUUGAGUGAAGCUUUGAAUAUGUUUCCUCUUUUGAGCUGUUGUUAUUUAGCAGUUACCUAAAAAAGAAUACAUUUUUACUAGUAUACCAUUAAAAAUAUAAAAGGCUUAACAAAAACACAUAUAAAAGUUAAUAAAAUAUGUUACUCAGAUUAGUACUUUAAUUGUUAAAAUGUAAUUAAAAAGCUCCAUAAAACCCAUACAUCACAGUUGCAUUGAAAAUAUUAUCUGGACUAGAAUCUCUUAAACCCAGGAAGUGGAGGUUGCAGUGAGCCAAGAUGGUGCCGCUGCACUCCAGCCUGGGUGACAGGGCAAGAUCCUGUCUCAAAAAAAAAAAAAAGAAAGAAAGAAAAUAUUAUGUGGAAAUUUUUCAUCUUGUUAUGAUGCCUGGGAUAGAUUUAUGCAGUAGAUUUAUAUUUAAUGUUUAGUUUACAAACUUGUGAAACUAUUUCAUGUGGAUUCUGAAAGGCAAAACAGAAAUGGCCAGUGCCGGUGAUGUUUGAUUAGACCAGUUCUUCACAGCUGGGGUGAUUCAUUAUCCCUCUCUGGUGACAUUUGGCAAUGUCUGGAGACCAGAGACAUUUUUUAUUUUCAUGACUCAAGGGUGCUAAUAGCAUGUAAUUAGUAGAGGUUAGGGAUCCUGCUAAAGAUCUUACAAUGGACAAGUCAGCCUCUCACAGCAAAAUAAUUAUCCAGGCUAAGAUGUCAGUAGUAUCACAGUUGAGACACCGUGGAUUAGACCAAAAUGAAAUUUUGAUUGUUCCACCUUGUCUUCACUUAAAGAUAGAUAUACAAGCUCACAGCAUUCAAAAUAUGACUACAAUUUAAUGGAAAUAUUUUCUUAUGGUAAAUUACAACUCACUAGAUACAUCAUACUAUAUAUGCCUUUUGGCCAUAAUUCGUUAGAUAGGAGUGUGUGUGUGUGUGUGUGUGUGUGUAGCAUGAAGUUAGGCAUCUCUAUACUUACUGUGCUAUGUGUUCCUAAGUAAGGACCUUGCUAGAAUCAUCCUGUAGAGUGCUCUGGAAUACUCUAUUAUUAUUAAGAUCUUCAAUUCUAAGCUCCCAUUAUCUUUCUUUGUUUAUCUGAAAUUAAGACCUUCAGAAUUGGGCCUGGUCUUUUCCAGAUUUGAUCAAUUACAUUUUGAUAUAACUGACUCUUAAAAUUCAGCUCAGAAGACAUUCAAUGAGAAAAUCUUUAAUCACUUUUGAUGAUGCACCUGCCAAGAGGGGGCAUCACUUUGUACCAUCAGACUAAUUAAAAAAAUUGUUGUGUAGUCAUAAAAAUUAGGCUGCUCCAUAGGGGCAAAAGGAAGGGUGAAGAGACUAAAAACUAGUACCUUGAUAGAAUUUUAGUUUUUAUUAGCCUCGAUUUGAGAACUGCAUUGAUUCCAAAGAUCAUGACUAAGGGUGCCCUCUAAUUUUAAUCACACUUCAGUAAAAUUAAGGUAGGUGAAGGAUUAAGUCAUUCCAUAAUUAAGAAAAGUAAUGUUUAUAUGAAAGAUUUUUAUAUGGACAAUGACUCACAGACACAUAUGCUUUGUAUAGAGGGUUUUGCCAAAAGUUUAUACAAAAUUGCACAUCUAAACUGCAUAAUUCUCAUACAAGAAGUUAAGGCAGUGCUCACUGGAUUUUGCUUCUGUAUAGUUCACUUUUAUCUGUCUUCACAAGGGUAGGAAGUAAAUGAUCUCAAUGGGCACAUGUUCAGAAAAUACUGUGUUUGGCUUUGUGAUGUGUCAUGUCUUUCUCUUGGCUAAAAAAAUUGUUUAGGCUAUAUAUAAAUUGUACCUGAAGCAAUCUGGACAACAUAGCUUAAAAUGGAAAAUAACUGAAAAAAUCCUGGGAUUUUACAUUUGCCAAAAAUACCCUUGGAUUAGUCAAAGGCUUUACAAGAGUGUUAUAGAUGAUCCAAAAUGGAAACAAUAUUGAUAACAUUUCUUUUCGUCAGCAGCUAUAUAUUCCAGUUUUAUAACUUUAUUAUAUACAUUUUUUGAUUUAUUAAUAGAAAGUCAGCCAUCCAGAGUUUUAACUUCUAUGUUUGAAAUAUUGACUUUGUGAAAUUUUUCACUGACAAAUCCUUGUUAGGAGGGACCUAAGGGGGAGGAGAAUGUUACCAGUCCACUGAAAACUUUAGGAAAUGUUCAUUGUGUUGUGUAAAUACUUUCCCACCAGCACCAGGUAAUAUAUUCUCUAUGUUUGUAGAAUUCCAAAGAUCAAAAGCUGUAAGGACAUUUAUGUGAACUUGAGGACAAGCUUGUGGAGGAAUAAGGACUGAGAGUAAUAUUGUGCUUUUUCUUUCUUUAUCUUCGCGUCGUAUAGGUCAACUCUCAGGUUGUAUGACUUUAGUUGGGCACACAUCAGAGGUGGAAGUGGUAGAAGUGGGUUAACAAUUUCAGGGUCUGGCAACCUAGGUCAAAGCCUCUAAUAAAGUCAGCAGUAAAUAUAACUAGCAACUUCAUUCUACUAUGUGCUAGGAGGAGGGUGAGGCAAGUUGAAAGGAGGAGAUGACCCUAUCCCCACACUCUCAGGAUGUAAAAGGGCAGAGUGCUGUCUACCCUUACCCUUGGCUUUUUAGCACCGUCAGUCUCUGUCCUCUCCCAGGAGAGCUGCCUUGGCUCCAGAGUUGAGCUAAUAGCAUUGUGACUAGAGAGGUAGUGUGGAAAUUCGCUGAGGACCUCAAAAUUUUACACUGCCUUAAACUGUUUUGUUUUUGCUUAAACUCGUGCUGUCUAAAUUUGGGUGUUUUGUGACAGGGUCUGAUCACCCCGACCUGGUUAUAGCCCUGCUAGCGAUUCUAAAGUGGAACUUUUCCCCCUCAUUGAUAUGGAUAGUCUGAGUCCUUGAAGCUAGGGAGAUAUCAAAUAUUCUACCAGUUCCUACAUAGCUUCUUUAAAAGUCCUAGAGACUAACUCACAGGAAGUCUGAAGCCCAGAGCGUCUGUUUAUAAACUCCUAAAUAUGAGGCCACAAUAUUUAGGUUGAGCACUAGAAAAUUUCUAUUUUGCAAGUGGAAGGAGACUUGAAUCUAUAAUUGCUGUAGCUUUUUUUCCCUUCUAUCAUAAGAAAAUGGAUACCAUCUGCUUUACCCUCAGCCCAGACUUGUCUUUUGAAUUUUUUACAUACAUCUUAGGGGUGAGAGAUUGAAACAACUGCAUGAAUGAAAAGCUUGUUCAAACAUAACACAGCCCCUGCUCACCAUUUCAAUAAGGGAAAAUCCAUGUUUCUGUUUCUCUCUAAUUUGUUUCCUCUGGUGCCAACAUUUCUGAUUUCUUCUGUCUCUAAUACAUAAGGAAUAAAUACCAUAUUAUAAAUUGACUUACAUGCCUGCGAGCAUUUGCCAGGUAGUCAAAGCCUAUGACUCUAACUUUUUAAAGCACAGAAGAGGAAUUUUAUUUUAUGGUCACUCCUCUGUGUUUCUAUUGAUCUCUAUAUUGUGCUAAAAUUCUUUCAGAUAGUUUUUUUCUUAUUGAAGCUGUGGGAUAUAAUCAAUGAUGCCCAGCUGUCUGAGAAUUUUAUAGAAUAAUCCAAAUUAUUGAUCCUGCCUCUUUCUGCUUCUGUGUAAUUAACUUUCUUUUGAUGAUUAUUUUUAAAAUGUAUGCUUCACACAAAACCAAUAAACAUCUAAGAGAUGUGAUUUAAUCCAAGGCAGAGAAAACUAAGAAUCAGUUAAUGUCUAUUUUAUCUGCACAGUAUUACAAACAGAAAAUUGUAAUAAAAAAAGGUUUAACCAAAGUGAAAAAAAGAGAGACAAAAUCUUGGUUUUAAUUUGAAAGGAUGAUUAGGAGUGAUCUCAGAAGAGAGUUCAGCAGGAAGCAAGGAAGAGGCUGUUGACCUUGAGUGGAGCCUCAAGAAUGGAACCUUUUUAAAAUAUUUUAAAGGAAAUAUAUUGUCAUCCAGCUGUUAUGGUUAAUAAUGAAUAGUUUUCUCUGGGUGAGGCUUAUCCAUUGCACACCUGAUGUGCUGACCCCUGUGAUUUCCCCAAAUGUUGGAAUGUUGCCUGCAUAAUUUGUGGUAAUGGGGGACUGUGUUCCUGCUUUUCCCUGGUUACAAAAAACAAAACAAAACAAAAAAAACAGAAAAAAAGAGAGAGAAAAGAUGCUAGAGGAAGCAGUGUGACAGCCAGAUCAUGAGAUGCUGACGGAGAGAACAGAGUGGUACCUGUUUACCCACUUGGACCAUGACAGUCUCAAGGCUCCACCCCUUGCUGUCCCUUCUGGAGAGGUGCUCUCCUGGGAGUUUGAUGGCAGUGAAACAACACUCCUGUUUUCUUUUUUCUUUCUUUUUUUCUUUUUUUUUUCUGUUGAGACAGAGUUUUUUCCUCUUGUUGCCCAGGCUGGAGUGCAAUGGCGUGAUCUCGGCUCACUGCAACCUCUGCCUCCCAGGUUCAAGCGAUUCUCCUGCCUCAGCCUCUGGAGUAGCUGGGAUUACAGGCAUUCACCACCAAGCCCGGCUAAUUUUGUGUUUUUAGUAGAGAUGGGGUUUCUCCAUACUGGUCAGGCUGGUCUCGAACUCCUGACCUCAGGUGAUCCGCCUGCCUCAGCCUCCCAAAGUGCUGGGAUUACAGGCAUAAGCCACCGAGCCCAGCCCCACACUCUUGUUUUCAUAGCCCUUUUUUGUCUGUACUUUGGUACAUAUUCCCCAAAUAAGAUUAUUAUUUAGAUCUCCUGUCAUGAUAAGGCAGUGAUAGCAGGAAGUGUCACUUUGACCCUCACCCUUGGAAAGUGGGCUAUGUAUAGCUAGAGUUAGAACAGGAGGUUCUAACCCUGCUUCCACGAUUACUUCAGUAACAGGCUUUUGUAUCCAUGAUUACUUAAGCUACUUAGAUGCAUUUUCUACCCUGUAUUCUAGUGUACACAACACACACACACACAUAAGCCCUUUGCCCGUGGAGAAGAGGGAGAUGGUUGAUUCAGUGGGAGUGGGGAGUGGCAGAGGGUGCCUUAACUUUUUCUGGCUUGACCCCUACUUCCUUAUGUGUUUCCUUCAUAUACCUCUGUCACUUUAGAGAUGUAACCAUGUCUGUUCCAAGUUGUAUCGUUAUUAUCAAGAAGUCCUAUAAAUGUAGCAAAUGUGACUAUUUUAUAGAAAUGCACAAUAGUUUAUAGGCCUUGGAGAAGUCUGAUAAUAGUAUGUAAAUAUCCUUCAUUGAAGUCGUAGAACCUUCUAGUAGGAAGCUCCUUAGGUGAUAACUGCAAGAGGAUUAAUGUUUGUUUCUCCAGCAAACACCAGAAGCAAGGAAUCAAUCUGUCACUGUUUUUCAUUCAGUCUUAAGCACCGUUGGGCAUUGAUAGGUUGCUAUAGACACUCCCUUUGUAACAAAUAUACAGGAUUCACAAUUUAGGAUGUCUGAUGGCCACCAGGGUACAUCAUAGAGACACUAGAGAGAAGAGAAUAAAUAUAGCUCAUCAAAAAGCCUGCUUAAUCUUUAAAAAGUCUGAAAUAUUACUAGAAUUCCAGUUACCGUGCAGCAUAGUCAGUCUAAACAGCAAUGGGGAAAAAAGGUGUCUUUUUGGUCUCUUUAAUUCUAUUAUGACACAUUUUAAUAUUAUUCCACAUGUGUGCAAACUGUUUCUCAAGAGCAAAGUUUGAGGCUGGAGAUAAGAAAAUAGAAAAGUUAAAACAUUAUUUUUUCUCAUAUAAUGUAAUCUGACUACUAGUUCAUGGAUAUAAUAAUUCUGGGAAAAAAUUUUAGAUUAAACUAUAAAAUUGAAAUUACCUUUGAAGAGUAUAUGGAAUUGCUUCUUUCUAUUAAAGCCAACCUCUACUGGCAGAAAGUGUGGAGAAAAUCAGUGUGCUCAAUUCGUUUUGUAGAGUUUCAUGUAAAAUGUUGCAGGUAAAAAAGAAAACUUUAAUCGGUACUUUCUACAGUGUGACUAGAAAAAUUAGUGUCUAUCUCUGUUGGUUCUGCUGACUUGCUUCUUUCCACCGAAUCUAAAUGCAAUGUCAUAGGAGGAGGUUUGCUGUAAAAACAUGUCUUUUUCUUUGGUGUAUUCAUUGUAAUUAUGGCUGGCAGUGAGAAGGUUCAGUAAGUCUCAAUUUCUCUACCUCCCUUACUUGGAGAAAAUUUGUAAAUGUACCCUGUGAAUAAAAUGAUUUUUUUAUA